GCUUUUCCCUUACCACCAUGGCCUCGCUGGCUCGUCUUCGUGCCUCCCAAAGGAUAUUCCGAGCGCCCUUCGUACGCACUAUCCAAACCUCGGCUGACACCACGACUCUUCAUGAAGAUGCCUCUAUCUCAGGCCCUUUCAAGGUCAAGCUGCAUGAAGACUCGUUCCAGACAUUCAACUGCGAGCCUCCUUCACUGGACGUUCAAGUCUCCAAGGACGAGCUCAUAACGAUGUUCAGGCGGAUGUCGACGAUGCGUCGAAUGGAGCAAGCCGCUGGCGCGUUAUACCAGGCAAAACUCAUUCGUGGCUUCUGCCAUUUGGCUAUUGGACAGGAAGCCGUCUCUGUCGGUAUUCACCAUGGUCUGACGCCUGACGACUAUGUCAUCACUUCUUAUCGCUGCCAUCCUUUUGCAGUCCUUCGUGGCGGAUCUAUAAAGGGUGUUAUUGGUGAGCUCUUGGGACGAAAGAUUGGAAUGUCCCACGGCAAAGGGGGUUCAAUGCACAUCUUUACUCCUACAUUCUUUGGUGGAAAUGGUAUUGUCGGAGCCCAGGUUCCCCUCGGAGCUGGUCUUGCUUUUGCUCAAAAAUAUUCUGAACACCCUCGUUGCACCUUUGCACUCUAUGGUGACGGAGCUGCUAACCAGGGGCAAGUGUUUGAAGCUUUCAACAUGGCUAAAUUAUGGGAUCUUCCCUGCGUCUUCGUUUGUGAAAACAACAAAUAUGGAAUGGGAACAUCCGCGGAGCGCAGCUCAGCCAACACUGAAUACUUUAAGCGGGGGGAUUACAUUCCUGGUCUCCAGGUUAAUGGAAUGGAUAUCGUUGCUGCCAAGCAGGCUGUAGAGUACGCCAGAAAGUGGACUGUUGAAGACAAGAAAGGGCCUCUCCUCCUCGAAUUCGUCACCUAUCGAUAUGGUGGACACUCGAUGUCUGAUCCUGGUACUACUUACCGCACACGUGAAGAAGUCCAGCGGAUGCGAAGUACCCAAGACCCUAUCCACGGUCUCCAGAAGUACAUCGAGGAGUGGGGUCUCGCCACCGAGCAAGAGCUCAAGCAAAUCGACAAGGACGCAAAGGCCGAGGUCGAUGCGGCGGUUGAGGAAGCCAAGGCUUCCCCGGAACCUGAUACUAAGGAACUUUGGACGUCGAUCUACUAUGCUGGUACUGAGCCGCCUUUCAUGAGAGGUCGUGAACGGGAAGAGGUUCACUAUUACUAGACGCACACUGAUCUCUUAGAUAUCUUACAUAUUUAUCGUGAUGGAUGGGCUUCCUCCCUUAUCCAUGUCGUGUUAUGCUUACUGUGGAUUCCGUUCUUAAUUCAAUCAUGUUCCAUGAAUCCAGCAUCGAGCCAGCAGAAUUCCUG